GCUACUGUCAGUCAUGUUUUCCUAUAGUAUAGAAGGCUUAGAUAGAAGGUUAUGUAAGAUUUUUGUUUGUUUAUUUUUUCUUCUUCUUUUGUGGCCUUUGGAAGCUGUGCCCAUUUAGCCAGCAACAUUUUUUAAAAUUAAUGCCUAACUAAACCUAAAUGCUAAACCUACCAUACAAGAAAACCAUUACGAACCUAAACGACCAAUCAAGGAUACGGAAGGGAAAGUAAAGUUAUUUAAAAAAUAAACCAUUGUUAAAAUAUAAACUAAAUAAAUAAAAUAUAAAUUGAAAACAAUAAUUUGACAUUAUAAAUGUAACCUCCAAUAUUAUGACAGACGUCAGUUACCAUGACAUCAUAUAUUAUACUCGUCACUAAUUCUAGCCAAUGAAAUGCUUGCUGUAAUAGGAAUGGCAUAUCAAAAAAAUCUGACUAUUCUCUAUAUAUUUUUUCAAAUUUAGAAUAUGGCAACAAGGGGAAAGUUAUGUGCAUUCCUCAUUGUUUGACUUUUCCUAUAUCUUUAGUAUCAGGUCAUCCUACAAUACAAAUACUUCCUGCAAUGAUUGGAAGUAAUGCAGAACAAGAAUUGAAUUUGGAAUCGCCGAGAAAAAGGAUUGGUGUACAAAAUAAGAAAGUAUAUAAAGGACAACAAACAUCUUCCAUAAGCGAUCAAAAUUGUAUAACUGAAAUUCAGGAAAUAGAUUCUGCUCCACCUUUAGGUUUCCAUACUUCUAAAGGAAAAACGGACCCUUAUAGGCUCGCUAUAUACUUUACUAUGGCCAAAAAGCGGUAGUGAGAAAAGAAGACAUAACAUCAGAAGAAACAGAAAUGACAAAAAAAAAAGGUGUUCGACAAGGGUGUAUACUUUCACCAAUAUUAUUUAAUAUAUAGGUACUCGGAAGACAUAUUAAGUAAGACAAUGGAUGAAAUAAACAUAGGCAUUAGAAUUAAUGGCAUGAUCAUAAAUAACCUGAG